AUGUUCACCGACUACGAUCUCUAUGCUUUUUCUGCUUACGGACACAUCAAAGUGAUCGCGGAGUCACUUCUGUGCCCUUUACAAAUGGCAAAAAAAUCUCUUCACAGUGUUGGGGGGAUUCAGGCGAGGAAUCGUCAUAUUUUCAUAUCUAAGGCGUCCGGACUUAUUCAAUUUAUUAACCCGGUUGAUAAGUCAUCUCAAAUGAGUAUUAACGCUGGCCAAAUUGAGACUUCAAAAUUACUUGUCAACAGAGUCGCAACCGGUGGUCGGAAUAAUAAUUUAAAGGUGUGGGACUUAGCUAAUCCUAGUAUUCCACUAUUUUCUGCAAAGAAUGUACGCCCUAGCACAUUGCAAUUGGAGGCACCUAUAUGGAUUUCCGACCUCUCUUUCUGUCCAGGAUCCAAUGGAAAUCUGAUUAUCACCUCUUCCAGAUACGCGGAAAUUAACCUCUUCGAUUUGCGCUCUGGACAACGCCGGCCCUCAUCUCGUGUCGCGUGGCGCCAGAGCCGCAAGCAUGGUAAAGCCAUUGUUGGUCGCGGUACGCAUCCCGCCAUGCUUCCCGAUUUAAGUACCACUAGGCCCAUAACUCGAGUUCUACCGUUGGAACACGCAUCUGGGGCAACCAUGAGAGUCGUCUCCGGCAACGCCAUCGGCGAGCUAUGCCUCUUGGAUUUUAGGGUACCAAAUCAAGUUAUCCUUUGCGAGGAUGCUACUACAAGGCGUAAGAGUCUAGGGGCCAAAUCCCCUCAAUUUCCCACUUCUGUCACCACGCUGCUUGGGGCAUCCGGCUCCAUCACGGGAAUAGUAAGCGGAGGCGGGGAGGCAAACUUGCCACACAUGGCAAGUGGUACGACCACCAUUAACGACUGCCCAAUCAUCAUAGUCUCCUCCAUCGAUAGAUACCUGAGAGUGUACCAUCGUGACUCUGGUGAAAGAAUCGCUAAGAUAUAUACUGGAAUUCCAAUCUCGGGUUUCGUCGUGAGACGCGGUGCAAACGUUCCUGCCCUUUUACGCAAUAAUGAUGACGCCGAAUAUGCUCAUGCGACCGAGCCAGCAGAGCCUCCUUCCUGGCCAUCUCUAGGCGCCCAGAAGGAUAUAAGCCUAGGUCAAAAGGACCUGAUCUGGGAUCGCAUGGAGUGCUCCGACGAGCUAGUCGCGUUCGCUAACGAUUUGAUAGCAGUGGCUCAUAAGCUACCACGUCACAUGCAGCACCUGUAUCAAGCCUCAGCGCGGGCUCUUACGGAUUGGUGCCGGGGGUAA